AUGGCUAGUCCCGAAUUUUUCUACUCAGAACUAUGUGUAAAAACACCCGAAGAUACAUCCUCUGAUGAUGAAAGCACGCUAGAAGACUAUGAUCAGGCAGAAUCUAAUAACAAUCCUGAUAACUGUCGGCCUGUUCUUGAACUAAUCGAUGCAGAAGACGUACUUAUUCUUCCUCCUGAAGAUCAAGAAGAUAAAAAUGAAAUCAACACAGGUUCGUACGACGACCACAUUGAAGCUGAACGAUCAUCACUACGUAGAGUUCUGAAACGAUUUGGCUUCCGAGAAAGUGACGAUGACGAAGAUUGGUGUCUUUAUUGGACCGACUAUUCGGUUACUCUAGAUAAGGUCUUUUCCAUGAAACAGUGGCAGAAAAUUAAUCAUUUUCCCGGAAUGUCCGAAAUAUGUCGGAAAGAUAAUUUAGCACGUAAUUUAAAACGAAUGUUCAGAUUAUUUCCUAAAGACUAUAAUAUAUUUCCGAAAACUUGGUGUCUACCAUCAGAUUGGAAUGAAGUUCAAAAUUAUGCCAGAAAGCAUAAAAGUAAAACGUUCAUUAUAAAACCAGAUAACGGAUGUCAAGGUCGUGGUAUUUAUAUCACUAAAAAUGUUAAAGAUAUUCACCCAGUGGAAAAUAUGAUUUGUCAAGUAUACAUAGCUAAGCCUUUUCUUAUCAACGGAUAUAAAUUUGACUUAAGAAUUUAUGUUCUGCUUACAUCAUGUGACCCAUUACGUUUAUUCGUAUUUAAAGAUGGCCUAGUACGUUUUACUACAAAUCCAUAUAGUGAACCAAACCAACGUAAUGUACAUGACAUGUAUAUGCAUUUAACCAAUUAUGCUGUACAAAAACACAGCGACGGUUAUAUCAGAGAUGAUGAAGAAGGCGGAACAAAACGCCGAAUUACAACACUUAAUCGAUGGUUUACAGAUAAUGGUUAUGAUGUGAAAAAGAUUUGGGAAGACAUAGACGAUGUGAUCAUUAAAACAAUAUUAUCUGGUUAUCCUAUGAUCAGACAUAAUUAUCGAACAUGUUUUCCAAACCAUAUUCAAACAUCGGCGUGUUUUGAAAUUCUCGGCUUUGACAUAAUAUUCAAUCAUAAACUAAAGCCAUAUAUCCUAGAAGUAAAUCAUUCACCAAGUUUCACAACAGACAGUAAACUAGAUAAAGAGAUUAAAGAAGCUAUGCUAUGGGAUAGUGUACAACUUGCACAUUUCAAUGCAGUUAGUAAGAAGAAAUGUUGCGAUGAAGAAAGAAAACGUAUUCGAAAUCGUUUAAUGCACAAAAAUAUUGAUAAAUAUCAAAAAUUUUCACUCGAACGGGAUAUAGAAAAAUAUCAAGCAUUAAGUGAAAAAUAUGAAAAUAGCCAUAUGGGGAAUUUUCGUCUCAUAUAUCCAUCGAAUGAUCUGGAAAAAUAUUCACCAUUUCUUAAUCCGACUAUAACAUUUUACCAAGAAACAUUUACAUAUAAAGUAAGGAGUGAAUAUGCAAGACAACUAAGAGAAGAAAUUAGAGUUAAACAAGAAAAACUAGAUUUAAUUACAAAUAAACACAAACAAAGUCAAUCUGAAAGUCCAGCUCCUAAAAGAUUAAGAAUUAAAAUCAACAAUGGAUCAACAUUAUCUCAACAAUUAACGAAAUCCAUCAAUAAUGAUGAAAUAAUCAGUAAUUUUAAUCAGCUAAUCCAAAUAAAUAAGACAGAUUUUACUGUUAACACCAAACAAAACAAUGAAGAAAGCCAAAAAAAGCCUGAAGACUGUUUAAACAUUCAUCAUACAACAGGCAAACAAGAAAAAGAUAGUAAUGAUGAUCAAUUGGCAAAUCAUGCCUUGGCUAAGUCUACGCUAAACAAUGACAAAUUAGGCAUCGAUACUAAAAUUCCACAACCUAUAAUUGAUAAAGAAGAAGCAGAACGUAAAAAUGAAUUAAAAAAACGAGAAUAUCAAAUGCAAAAAAUUGGUUUAAUUUCGAUUCUUUAUGAUUUACUUUCACGUCAACAACAUUUCCAUGCAUUGAAAAAUGAAAGCAAGAGAGAAAUUGAUGAUAAUAAUAAUAAUAAUAAUAGCAAUAGUAAUACAGAUCAAACAUGUAUAGACCAUCAACAGACACAACAACAGAUAGAUAAAAAGAAAGAAGGAGUAUUGAAUGUUUCAAGACCAACAGCCUCGUGGAAUAAUCGUACACAGUCAUUAGGAAGGCAAAAAUAUUGGAUUAAGAAUCAUCAACAUGAAAAUUCUUUAAAAAUACAUCAACAAAAAUUCCAAAAAUCCAACCGUCUACAUUCCGGUAAUCUUCGAAGUACAGGAACACAUUCAAAUUCUUCAACUGUAAAUUCGAUCAGUGGCCAUACAACUCAAAAUUUACCAGCAUAUCUUGAUUGCCAACGAUCUUACCAAGAUAGUUAUGAUACAAGUUUUAUUGAUGUGAAAAGUUACCAAUCAAUAAAAAAUCCAUCUCUUGAUAGUUUACAUAAUCCGGUUAGUGUACCUUUACGAACAAAUGCAAAUUGUGGCUUUUUACCUGCAAGAAGCAUUCAUUCUAAUUCAGCAUUGAAAUCAAAAUACAUGUUCACGAAUUCGACUAGUUGUAAUAACAAUCGUAAUUAUACUGCUAAAAGCAAUUCUUACAAUAAUUCAAGACAGCAUAGUCACAAUGCCGCUAGAAAAACCAUAUAUAAUGGUUGUGAAAAUUUUAAAACAGAAGAAAAAUAUAAAACUCCACUACCUACACUGAUCAAUCCUCAUGUGAACACAUUCCAGAACAGCUGCUACAAUUCACAAUUAAUGGUCAAUUGUUUAAUGCCAGUUGUCACAUCGGUUAAAUUAAACCGAGUUGCUAGACGAACUUCAAAUCAAGAAUAUUAUCGAACAGUAUUAAAUCAGUAA